CUCACCGGUGUUAGGUUCUUAUUACAGUGACAGGCAGACCGACGUCGGUCUUGCGAACGUGUGAAAUUAUAUUUUUUCAUGAGAAUAGUAUAAUUUACAACAACGCGUUAAAUUUGUGUUUUUUGUUUUUCAUAUAUCGUUUUAUUAAACCUAUUUUGACGAAUUUUUCACGAUAUUUUCCAUGCCAUAGCUAGAUCUAGAAAAUAGUGACGACAAUAAUAUAUGUAUAUAUACUACGUCGAAUAUAACUAUCGACUGGAUUACCGAAUUUCCAAUCUCGAAUAACUCUGAAAACAUUUAUAAGUAAAAAUAAAUCAUAUGUUGUUUAUGCGUAGUUCGUCUUCUAGUAUUUAGCCGGAUGUCCGUUAGGAUUAUGAAAACGUCACCGAGACUACAUGCGAAACUGCUUCGAUUUUCCAAAAUAACGAGAUUCGCCAUCGUCUUUAAAUAAAUAGACGACUACACACACACACCUGUCACACGAGUUCAAGUUUAGCCGAGCAGCCACUGCCGCAGCAACAACUGCCGCCGGCGCGAUAGCCGACGAAAUAAUAAUAAUUUUUUAUUGAAAUACGAUUCAGUGGAAACAACUGUUACGGCGACAACAGGCUACAACCGCGCGACCGAUUGUGGCUGACACCGACACAAUUGCCGAUACCACGCACCCGGAAAUGGCGCUGAUUGUCCCGGAAGAAUCGCAACGGCCAUACCGGUUCGGCAUGACGCUGGUGUGCAUCGGCGCCCUGUUCAACUGGCUCGGGCUGGCCGACCAUCACACGAAACCCGUGCCGGCCGUCCGGUACAUCGGCGUAGGUCUGGUCGCCUCGGGUGCGGUGCUCAUAUGCAUGGCCAUGUGCUUUUGGAUGAACAGCGUGCGUGACGACGAAGACGACGAGUCGAUCGACCACAUCCACGUUAUAUCGCUGGACCCGCCAGUGCGGCUGGACGAGAAGCCGCCGGAUUACGCCUCGGUGGUGGACUUGCCGCCGCCCAGUUACGACGACGCGAUCAAGUUGGACCCGCAGCGGCUGAUGGACAGGAGCCGCCGGCCGGCGACCGACACGUGUUCCGUAACGGUGGUGCCGCCGGACGAGUGCGACAAGACGUCGUCCGCCAACGAGGCGGCCGAAGCGGCCGCGUCGCAGCCGACCACGAAGCUGGCGCAGGCCAUCCGCAAGAGCAUACGCGACAUACGCAAGCAACUGACGAACACGGUGAACGACGGGACGGCGGCGGACGUCGAGCAACAGCAACAGCAGCAGCAGCAGCACCAACAGAGCGGUUCCGCCGCGGUUCACUGCAGCGGCGGUCACGUCGUCCACGGCAAGCCGUCGGACGCGCGGACCGCGGCCGCCAACGCGCCGCCGACGGCCGACUAACGGUGCGAUAUCGCGCUGUCGAUGUGUGGACGUCGCUGCAGUACGCCGAUAAUCGCACUCACAGCAUCGUUCGCGUUUUUCUCACCAUAAGACUGAAAUCACAAAACAUUAGUAUAUUGAUUGAUAUAAGAUAAUAUAUAUAUAUAUAUAUAUAUAUAUAUAUGUGUGUGUGUGUAUAUUAUGUAUAAUAAUUUAAUAUUGUCAUGCGGUGACGUACGAUUCGAUCGCACUAUAAUCGUUGUACGCGUUUGUGCCCGCGCCUCGAACAAAAUCAUCGUUAUUAUCGUACGCGCAGUUAAGGCCCCCCAUCGUAUUAUUAUUAUUAUUAUUAUUUUUAUUAUUUUGGUUUGCGCCCACACUCGACGUGUGACGCCAUCGUACCAUAUCUAUACCUGUUGUCACUGCCGUCGUAUUGUACGGAGCAACUCGUCGCGACUUCGUUGUCGGUCCGCGAGUCGCACCCGACAUCGUGUGUGCAGUUUUGGCGAGUCACAAUCGGGUCGUGUGUAGCGCCCACGAAAUCGUGUCGAUUGUCGUAACGAUUUCAGAUAAUACACAAGUAUAUUAUUAUUAUUAUUAUUAUCUCGUUCCCGUCCACUGUUUUUUUUUUUCUACUUUUGUAGUGUGGAAUACACUUUCACGUCAAUCGUGUACACGUCAUUACGCGUAGAAAUAACAAACAGUUUUCGAACGUUCGCGCGAUUAGCGUGCAGGACGGCCCCCGUUCGAAAUGUCCACCUGUUGUUCCCGCCGUACGCCACCCCUUGCCAUCGCCGACCGUUCCGUGAAGAUCUAAAUUGUGAUAUCACGAAGUCUUGCGUGCGCGUUCCUCCUCCUCCUCUUUUCGUCGGCGCAGCCCCGGAGGUCCGACCGCGUGUCGCUGAAGAGUUCAUAUUUUCAUAACGUACCCACACACGACUGCGCGAGCACGAUUUGCAUACCACGUUUACAAUGCGGUUUCGAUUAUUUUACGUACCCAUACAAUACACGAUUGCGUUUUUAACGGUUAUAAAUUAUUAUAAUAGUAUAAUAAUAGUACCUAUACCGUCGUAAAAAAGUAAAAAAAAAAAAAAAUCAUUAUC